GUAAAAGCAAGGGUGGACUAAGCGUCGUAGGCCCAGCCAGAGGAGAGAGUGAAAGGAGAGAGUGAUUGCAUAUCAAUUCAACUUUUGGAAUCAAUCUGAUGUGGAAGGUUGGAGAAAGUUAACCAUCGUCAAACGAAUCUUUGUCACAUUGCGAGAUUGACAGGUGUGAAUAAGUUUCAAGCUCCGAUUCAAAGCAAUCAAGGAAAACAGUCACGACAUCACAUACCGACCGACUACCAUCAACAAACCUCACAUACCAAUCGACACCUACAUAGAAGACGAUUGAUACGAAAUAGUGAAAUAAUGCCACGACCUGUCGCUUCUACGCCCCAUUUGGUCUGGGCAGCCGGACACUUUCUUGUCUUCUUGUCCGGAUUACGAUUCCUUCUCGGAGUGAUCACCUUCAAUACACCCAAUUUGAAACAUUGGUAUACGCUAGCAUACCUUGGUGCGAUUGUCAGUUAUGGAGUUGUGGUAUACAAAAGCUUUGGAGUUCCACAAAUGAAUAAAGCAUACCUACAAAGAGCGGCAUUUGAUGAAAACGUUCAAUAUUUGUUGUUGGCCGUUUAUUGGUGGUUCAAUAAACCAAUCUUUGUGACUUUGAUUCCUUAUGUCACUUUUUCUCUCUUUCACGUUUUGACAUUCGUUCGAACAACGGUUAUCCCGAUGGUCUUUCCGCAUUCUUCAACCACAUCUUCUCGUUCUUCUUCGGCAGAAGGUUCAUCAUCAUCUACCAGCGCAAGCGGCACAGCAUCAUCUGCAGGAGCCAAUUCUCCACCUCCAGCAAAAACGGCAAAGUUUAUUCAAACAUGGGUCAAGGCAAACUAUGAUCCGGCAAUGCGAUUCGUUGCCUAUUCCGAAGUAGCAAUCUUUGCACGAGUUCUAUUUGGAGCAAUUCUGUUCAAAAACAGCUUGUUGGCACCUCUAUUUUACGCACACUUUUUACGAUUGCGAUUCUAUAUGAGCAGUUUCACUCGUGGCGCAUUCCAACAUGUCGGUAGCGUUUUAGACGGAUAUACCCAACAUCCAAGCUGUCCACCUGCUGUCAGAAGGGGGUACUUGAUGUUGACAGAUUUGAUCUCUCGUUAUGCAAGCACCGUUCUUUCUGUUCAAAAUCAAGGAGCUGCUGCUGGGGGAGCAAACGGGGCUGCAGCACCUCAAGCUGGACAAAGACGUCAAUAAGCUCUUCCCGCAAAGAGAAGAAGGGACAUUGGAUCGUCAGGGCUAGCUAGCUUCCUUGACACCUGUCCUAAGAAAAUUGUACAAAAUCCAAUCAUUUUGGAAACACACAUGCUCCGUCUUUCUCUAGCAUUCAUGAUUUUCUUUCUUUUUUCCUCGUCAAGGUUUCAAGUGGGAACUGCUACUUGCAUGAGAAUUUGUCGCUUUUUCUCAUACUUUCCUUUGUUGCGUUUCUCCGUCUCAUCCUACCUUUUCCACAAUCUUGUACCCAUACUUUACCAUUCAUCAUCAUGACCCGUACUUUAUCUUUUGCAUGCGCUUUGUCGCACUCAUAAAUACGGGCUAUGCCUUGAAAAGUACUCUAGCAAGAUGCACCUACGAGGUAGAUUUUCUGUAUCACAAAAUCAUAAAAGAAUAAUCAAUGAUCAAAACUGUUUUGCAU